AUGUUUGCCGAGCCACUCAUGAAUGCCCGGGAGCGUGCGAACAAAUCCCGUUCGCCGGUCCGCAAGUUUUUGUGGAGGAAGCGAGUAUGGUUCGAAUCGACAUUUGGGUUGAGUGUCAUGGAGCCUUGGGAACGUAACAUGGAGGCUGACAUAUGCGACCUCUUUGUUUCCAGUGGUUUUGACGUUUUUUUCAUUGCAUGGGCACUGUUGACCAUCGCAUGCUACCGCACAUUACCCAGCACACUCAAGUUCUGGAGCGAGCGGACGAUGUUCUAUUUACACGGAUACGGUAACGAGACGGAUGCCAAUGCCCGUAUGCUAACCAGAGGGCAACAAGCACAAGCAUUCUCCCUCAUCUCUUCCUAA